AUGACGAGGGUUGGGGCCACCGAUUUGAGAAUAUUUUAGUUUUCCCUCGUUCAUUCCAGCUCUGCGACAACCUCAACCUCCACCAAACCCUUUCUGUGGAAUUGCGGUUGCGAGAGGGUUGAGGGCAUGUCGCAGAGCACGGCGGGUUCAGUGAGCAAUGCGGUGGAUUUCGACCUCCCCGACGAGAUUCUCGCCGUCAUCCCAACCGACCCUUACCAGCAGCUCGAUCUGGCUCGCAAGAUAACCUCCAUGGCCAUCGCUUCCCGUGUCUCUGCUCUCGAAGCCGACACCUCUCGCCUCCGCAGCAAGCUUCAAGAGAAGGACCGAAUCAUCCACGACCUCGAAGAACGCCUCUCCUCUCUCACUCGCGCCUGCAACCAAUCGGACUCCACUCUCAACAACGCCCUCAACGAUAACAUAAAGCUUACGAAGGAGAGAGAUCAAUUGGCAGCAACGGUGAAGAAGCUAAGUCGAGACUUUGCCAAGUUGGAGACUUUUAAAAAACAAUUGAUGCUGUCUCUAACUGAUGACCAUGCACCGCAUGCUGAAACCAUAGAUAUUGGAACCUGUGAUCAAUCAGUUCCAAAGGCAUAUCCUGAUAAGGAUGAUGAUGGUUAUGCGGCACAUCAGUCAUACAAUGGCCCUGCAGAUGUGGGUAAAACAAAUGAAGCUUCCAGGUAUUCAGGGCAAAGGUUUUCCUUGACCCCAUAUAUCACACCACGUCUUACACCAACUGGAACUCCAAAGGUUAUUUCAACGGCUGGGUCUCCUAGAGGGUAUUCUGCUGCUGGAUCACCCAAGAAAACUUCUGGUGUGACCUCUCCAACCAAACUUCCAUAUGAUGGGCGUGCAUCUCUCUCUUCAUGGUAUCCAUCCAGUCAGCAGUCAUCAGCAGCAAAUUCUCCACCUCGGGGACGAGCAGUUCCAGGUCGCACUCCAAAGAUUGAUGGAAAGGAGUUUUUUCGUCAGGCAAGGAGUCGUCUUUCAUAUGAGCAGUUCAGUGCAUUCCUUGCCAACAUAAAGGAAUUAAAUGCUCAGAAGCAAACACGGGAGGAAACUUUAAGAAAAGCAGAUGAGAUAUUUGGGUCAGACAACAAAGAUCUUUAUUUAUCUUUUCAAGGAUUGCUCAACCGAAAUGCACGCCAGUACUGAAAGCAGCAUUGCUGGGUAUUGUACGAGUUACUGACCCAAUAAUAAUAAUCAAAAUCAACCAAGGAAGCACUGAUCUGAGCCAUUGAAUUCGAGAAUAUAUACUUCAUCUAGGCCUUAUGUUUGUGUUUUUUAUUCCCCGUUGCUUGUGUAUAUACAAACUCGUCAUUUUUCUAAAUGGCAUGCACAUAUAGUUAAAAUGCUGAGUGGAAUAUUGCAAGAUUUUGCUUUAUGGAAAAAGUGCGAUGGGAAAUUUUCUAAGAUGAUCUGCAAAUGCAAA